AUGCAUUUCCCAUUCGGCCCUAGCGGCGUCUCUUUCACUCCUGAGAAGGACAUCCCCUCUCUCACAGGAAAAGUAAUUCUCAUCACAGGGGGCAACACGGGGCUUGGGAAACAGUCCGUCUUCGAGUUGUCACGGCACCGUCCUUCGGAAAUUUGGCUUGCAGCGCGCAGUCUGGAUAAGGCUAAGAUCGCUGUCGAUGAUAUCACAAAACUGGUGCCGGAUGCAUCAAUCAAGGUCCUACAACUCGACUUGUCUUCUUUCGAGUCCAUCGGCAACGCCGCCAAGACGUUCCUUGCACACUCUGACCGCCUUGACAUUCUCCUCCUCAAUGCUGGCAUCAUGGGUUAUGCACCUGGUCUUAGUGAGGAAGGAUACGAAAUCCAAUUCGGUACAAACCACAUGGGGCAUGCAUUGUUGACAAAGCUCCUGAUGCCGGCCCUCCUGAAGAGCGCUGGGAACCAUUCGGGCGCUCGAGUCAUCUGCCUCUCGUCAGACGUACACAAGUCGGCGCCACCCGGUGGGAUCCAGUUUGAUAGCUUGAGAACAAAGGCAGAAGCUAUGACGACCAUGAUGCGCUACGGGCAAAGCAAGCUAGCCAACGGGCUGUUUGCGCGGGAGUUGGCGAAGCAAUAUCCGCAAAUUAUAGUGGCUUCGGUGCAUCCGGGAAUUGUGGACACAAGCCUUAGCUCGGUUAUGAUAGGAGGGAAUAUGGUGCUACGAGGAGUCCGGAGCCUUGCAAGCCCCUUCCUUGCGAGCGUCGAGAACGGAGCCAAGAAUCAGCUAUGGGCUGCGACUUCAAUGGAUGUUGUAAGCGGAGAAUAA